UUGUGUGAAACGCCGCUGACAGCAAAAAGUGCAAAUCACUUUGGAAUUGGUUUUCUUGUUACAGAAAUUUAAUAUUAUAACAAAAAUAUGAAUACUCUUGGCGUUGAGCAGUUCCCGGACUACAAAGUUCCCGGAGUACAGCAUGUAGACUUUAACCCCUACGAGUCGAAUGGCGGGUCUGUUGUGGCCAUCGCUGGUGAUGACUUUGUGGUUAUUGCCGCCGAUACACGAUUGAGCAGUGGAUAUACCAUUCAUUCGCGCGACCAGAGCAAACUUUUUCCAAUGUCGUCGCAAACAGUUUUGGGAUCCACUGGAUGCUGGUGCGAUACGCUGUCGCUCACUGGUCUGGUCAAGUUGCGCAUGCAGAUGUAUGAGCACACUCAUUUGAAGACAAUGACAACGGAUGCUGUCGCCCAAAUGCUGUCGAUCAUUAUGUAUAACCGGCGGUUCUUCCCCUACUAUGUGUCCAAUAUUUUGGCUGGCCUGGACAAGGAUGGCAAGGGCGUCGUUUACUCCUAUGAUCCCAUCGGUCAUUGCGAGCGUGCCACUUAUCGUGCUGGCGGCACUGCUGGAGCCCUGUUGCAGCCGGUGCUUGACAAUCAGAUUGGUUACAAAAAUCAAAAUUUGCCUGCCGAUCAGUUGCCGCCAUUGACCAAGGAACGGGCUGUUGCAGUCGCUUCCGACACUUUCAUUUCGGCCGCUGAGCGUGAUAUAUACACCGGUGAUUCAGUACUGAUAAACAUCAUUACUAAGGACGGUAUUGAGGAAAGAACGCUGCAAUUGCGCAAGGAUUAGUAGUGCUGAGGGCAAAGGGUACAAUUUUUGCAUUCUAAUAAAACAAAUGUUCGACUUAAAAUUGUAACUAUAUAAAUAAAACAUCUUAAAGAUAA